UCUUCUUCCUCUUCUUCCUCUUCUUCCUCCUCUUCUUCCUCUGCCUCCUCCUCCUCUUCCUCCUCAGAGGAGCAGUCUCUCUGAAGUAAAGAUGGUGGAUGACAGCAGCAGACAGUCGUUACCUAAAUCCCUCCACAGCAUGAACGCUUACCUCGGUGCUGAACCAAUCCGGCGCUGCCUGGAUCUGGGCGCUCACAUCGUGGUCACAGGUCGUUGUGUGGACAGCGCCGUGGCUCUGGGGCCGCUCAUGCACGCUUUUGGAUGGAAGAGGGACGAGUACGACCUGCUGGCUGCUGGAAGUCUUGCAGGUCACCUGAUCGAGUGUGGGGCUCAGAGUACAGGUGGGAUCUUCACCGACUGGUACAAAGUCCCUGACUGGGACAACAUGGGUUUCCCCGUGGUCGAGUGCUCCAGCGACGGCUCCUUUGUUCUCUCCAAACCGCCAAAGACCGGCGGCCUGGUCUCCUUCGGCACGGUGGCUGAACAGCUGGUCUACGAGAUCGGAGACCCCCGAAGAUACCUGCUGCCCGACGUGGUCUGUGACUUCAGCAGGGUCGGACUGAAGAGAGUACCAGGUGAUACACACACACACACACACACACACACACACACACCUGUCAGGGUCUACCUGCUGAAGGUGUCAUCGCUCGUCUUUAACCACGAUGAUAAAAAGUGGCGUGCUGUGGCUCGUGGUCAAAGGAGCGGAUGUAGCUGAUUUGAUGACACACACAUUUGAUUUCAGAAAAAUCCUUCAAAAUAAAAGUCUCCUGUUUAUAUGAAGUUAAGGCUUUUAUUGUGAAAGAGUUAGGCAAUGCAGCGUGCUGACCACAGAGUGGCGUUUAGUCUCACGUCUCAGAUUGAUGUGAAUCUCCGGUCACACGGCUCGCCGCCGCAGCUCAGAGGCUGUGACCAUCAGCUGAACCGUUUCCUGUGUUUGUAAACAUUCAGCGCUCGCCCUCCUCUGAACCCGUUAUCACCGUCCACUCAUUCAUUCCUCUCUUCUAAACUAAACAUGUUUCCACCCACCCGGGCUGGACCCGUCUGCAGCCUCAGACCGCCACAUGACCCGUCACGCUCCUCUGGCU